AGUGUUGAAAGAAAGAAUAUUCAUAAAAAAAUCAAAAAUGCAUUCUCAAAGUACAUUUUCAAUAGCGCUUACUUUGAUUUCUUUAUUGAUGGCUGGACAAGUUUUAGUUCAUGGAGAAAAAAAUGUAGACGACAAGGAAAUCAAGUCAUAUAUGUUUGAAAACAAUAUUUGCUCUAUUUACGAUAACUCUUUAGAAAUUGAUUCCGUACUUUUCAAAAAAGAGUACAAGCCUUUGGUAAUAAUUAUAGCAGAUAAGAUAAGUAAUGGUAUAAACAGAGUUAUAAGUUUAAACGGAAGCAAAAGAAUAUUAAAUGAUACUGGGAUCAAGAAUAACCCUUAUUACAGUCAGUUACAUCAAACUAUAUCGAAAUAUAUCCAUUUAUACCAAGCCAACGACACAUAUUAUUUUGUUCUGCCAACAGGCUUUCAAGACCAUAUUUUGGUCAUAUAUUCCCAAAAGAAGUUGUUAGAUAACAAUUUAGGUAUUACUUUUGAUUUUGUUAAUGUAAAGAAAGAGUUUCCUUUCUUUGAAGAUAUUUUAAUUCCAUUGAAUCCAGGCUGCACCAAUUGCACUUUUGUAAAAUAUGUAAACGGCAAACUAGAGAAGGGUGAAAGCUUCUCGGAAUUAUUCGAUUUACGUAAACAAUUAUUUAGAGAAAAAGAAGCAAAAAACUUAUCCUUUAUGGCAGUCAAUGAUUAUGAUAUUUGUGAUUCGAUUGGGUUUAACAUAAAUUCUCAAAGCAUGAGUUCUCUAUUGCAUUUUAAUUCAUUACUAAAACAAAUUCAAAACGAUAGGGAGAGUGGAGAAAAAAAUAAAAAAAGAUAUGCUGUAAGUCAAAGCUUAAGAUGCUUUGAGGUAAGACAUCUGGAAGAGGUAGAAGAUAUUAUUUCUGGGAAUGAACGUAAACUAAAUUUUAAAAACUUGAUGAAUACGAUGAACUACUUAAAUUGGAUUAUUAACAAUGUAUCUGCUUUGAAGAGCAAUGAUGUUUCAUUUGGCGGUCUUUGUGAAAAUGAACACAAUAUAGAUAUGCUAAAAUUAUUUUGUUUUAUAAACAAAAUAUCAGAUGAUACAUCUCACAGAAUACCAGAGUGGAUAUAUAGGUUAAAAAAAUUUGUUGCAGCAUCAUUGAUAAAUAAAUUCGAUUGGUUUCAGGAAUUAAAACUUUUCUAUACAAAUGAUUAUAUUAAAAGAAAAGAUUUAAUUUUUCCAUUACUUGAUAAUCUUAAACAUAAAAUGUUAACUGCUAGCAGAAAUUUGAGUUAUUUGAUGAAUAUUACCUAUAAAAUUGUUGAGAAUUCAUUGACUACAAAUACUUAUUUUACCUAUGACCUUAAGUACUUUUCAAUCUGCACUAUUUACGAACAUUGGGAAACAAUUGAUGAUAUAUUCUUUGAGGUGAAAUUCAAGAGAUUAGUGAUAAUCGUAGUAGAUGACAUGAAACAAGGGAUCAGAAUUGCUAAACAAAUAAGAGGUAACAGAGUAGUACCAAAAGUUAUGCGAGAAGAUCUUCAUUAUUCUGAACAGUUUUUGUACGAUUUCAUAAUGAAACAUAUUUAUUUGGUUCAAUCCAAUGAUACUCAUUAUUAUGUCUACCCAACAAUCGACGGCAGAAAUAGCAACUCAUUGAUUAGCUAUUUGGAAUACAAGAUGAUUAGAGAUUAUUCCAAUGUUAUAUUUUAUAAUGUAAAUGCUGGGAAAUAUUUUCCUUUUGAUGAACGACUUAAUCUUGAUAACAGUGAUUUGGUUAUUCCUGCGCUACCAGAUUAUUGUCGCAUACCUUCAGGAAGGUGUAAGAAGCGCUACAUAAAUCCCUCAUAUUUAAUAAAAGUAAAUCAAGAGUUUUUAAAGCGCUUUCCAAAAUAUCUUUCUUUAUAUACUUUCAUUUACAAUAACUUGACAGAAUUUACAAAUAAUUACGAUUCACACCAUAAAGACAAUUACUACUCUUCGUACCAUCAAACAUAUUAUGACUUUGCUAAAGAACAACAAUUUACUUAUGACAUAAUCUAUAUAUUUAUAGAUUUGCCAUGCUUAUCGAAGCUGAAAUUAAAUAACAGAACUGAUAUUGAUUUUAAUAUGACUGAAGUAGGUGAUGUUCUUAACUUUUAUAAGUUACUAUAUUCAACUUUACAAAAUAUAACAUCAAUAAAUGACAGAAACAAAAUAAAUCUAAAAUCUCUUUGUAGUAAUAAGAAUGUUUUUAAAUUUCUUAAAUUCUUUUGCUUUUUAAAAAUAAAUUAUAUUGAAAGCAUGCUAAAAGUUAUUGAUCAGAAGUCUUAUGCAAUUGACUAUAUGAAAAGUAUUGUUGAAAGUGAGAAAAAUUAUAUUACUGAAUAUUUGUUAAAGACGAUGGAUUGGAUAGAGAAAUUACUAUCAGUGGAUUACAUUGAUUAUAAGUACAAUGAAACUCGAAUGAUUAAAGAAUCAGACGCUCUUUACUCGGUAAUACCAAAAAUUACUUUAAAUGGUGCUGAUUUGUCCAACAAAAUCUACUCGAUUGUUAAAAACAAUACGAUUUUUUUGCAAUGUAAUGAAUUAGGAUUUGUUGCUACCAAAAAAACCAAUUCAAAUGCUGAUGAUUCGUCAACAGAAAACUAUUUAGUAUUAAGUGAAAAUAAAAUGUCUCCUCAAUUUCAAAAAACAGUUAUUAAUAAAGAGGAAAAAAUAUCCUCGUGUCUUGUACCUAGUUACAUGUAAGCUUUCAGGAAACAUUCAUUGUAAAUUUGCUGCAUUGGCAAAAUGUUCUCCAAACCUCAACAGAAUGUAGCGCAAUAAUAAAUAAUAAUUUCAUUCUCGAAUUACC